AGUUUUGUCAUGAAAACAUAACCUUAAACUGUGUUGAUUUUCCUCCUCUGAAUAUUUUUGUGAAUUUUUGAAGAAAAAUAAAAUCCGCCAAAUAUGUAGCGAAUAAAAUAUGACGAAGAAAAGCUCACCGCGUAACAAGGAAUGGGAGAAAGACAGGAGAGACAGACUGAACAAAACAUUUGAUAAUCUGGCCAAGAAGCUGCCCCAAUAUGAUCCCAGCUCACCAUUUAGCAAAAUUGAGAUCCUUCAGAAGACUAUUACUUUCAUUGAAGAGCUCCAAACUAAGCAGAAGGAUCUGCUUCAGUCAGAAUGUGAUAAAGUCCUCUUGAAGGAGCGAGAAGAAUUUGAGCAGAGCAUUAGUGUUUUAAGGAGUAGAAACAGCCAACUGGCAGAGCUUCUAAAGCAAGCCAACAUUACAAUCCCGAAUUUUAAGGCACAGAAAUUCGUUGCGAAUCUAUCAGCAAAGCGAAUUGAAUCCCUGCAGGAAGAAAAUAAUGCCAAUGGAAUUAACAUCAAGCCUGAAAAACAGAAGAAAUAUUCCAAUAAACUCUCCAAGGAACAAAUAACAAAGGCAGUGAAAGAAAAUGAGGAGAAAGGGGAAAAGGGAACGAAAAAAUCUGCAAAGUCGAAAGUGUCACCUGAUAAAACAGACAAGAAGACCUCCAAAAGUCGAAAUUCAAAGACCAAGGAGAAGAAAUCCGAAGAGGAACCGGUAGUAGUUACUCUAGCUGUAACAUCUGUCUCGUCUACGGGAAUUUUGAGCAUUCCGGAAGUCCAAAAAAUUCCCAAAUCCUCGACAAUCAGUGCAAUAUCUUCAAAGAAUGUUACAAUCACCCAUACGAGUCUCACGACACCUAUCAUGGCCACGGGGCUGUUCCUGCCAGUUCCAGUGGUUCAAACUCAGACUCAACCUGUGCUAAUUGUGAAUACCAGAAAUUUGCAAAGCGCAGCCAAGGAGGUUCCAAAAGCCGGAAAGAAAAAGGUCAAAGGUAGGUGGAUUCAAAUACGUCCACAUCCCAUUCCAACGAGAAUCCCAUUUGGGAAACUUCCGAUUCCUGCUCUGAGGAGUAAUUUUAUCGUGAAGAAGAAGAAAAGAAUUGUACGGAGGCGUCUUCGGGUGAAAGAUAAGGUGCAGCCGACAAGUAAAGUGGAGAAAGUGGUUGAGAAGAGAAAAUCACAGGAAAAGUCUGAAGAAGUCAAAAAGAAAAAGCCUAAAAUCGAAGAAGGCGUAGAGAAAAAUUUGGGAAAAAGUGAUGAAAUUAAGAAUGUUGAGGAAAAAAGGGAAGAACCGAAGAAUAAGGUGAUUGAGAGUGAGAAGGUGGAUAAACCAGUGAAUGAGAUAAUUCCCGAACCCCAAGAGAUAUCAGCUCCACUAAGUCAUUCAGAUCUGUCCAAUGAUAUCUUUGCGAGCCUCCAAGUGCCUUCAGGAGGAUCAAAUCCAGGUUGUUUGUCCCCAACAGCAGCCUUCCUUAUGACAUUUCCGGUGGUAUCUUCGGCCGGAGGGGGAAAGAAUCCUGAAACGACCCUAUCUGAGGAUUCUCCUAGCAAUGCAGGGAAUAGUGGGAGUCAGGUGGAGGGAAGUAAGGAGGAUCAGGAAGUGGAGAAUAAUAAUGCUCUGUUGGAUAAUUUGUCGUCGUUCUUUGGUGGUUACACGGGACUCUAUCCGACUGAGGCACUCGAAAAAACUCCCCAAAAGAACUCAGCAGAGAAGCUUUCAACAGACACUUCUCUGACUUCCAAUCCAAUCCGGAUAAGAACGGACAUGGGAGCUAUUCCACAAAAACCAAUGGAUACGCAGAUAUCACUUUCAUUUGCUGAAACCUUCUCAACAUUUGACUAUGGACUGCCAAAUAAUUGCAGCAGUAAGAUCAACUCAACGGUCUUUCCCAGUUACUCAGCAAUGCCAUUGCUGCCGGAAAUGGCUCCAUCAGCUGUGAAUGCCACAAAGUCCGAAUUCACUUUUAGCCUAACAAAAACCACUUCAACAGCUCCGUGUACAUCCUACAAGGCUGAUUCUCUGUACAAUCCAUUUUCUCUCCCUACAACAUCCAGCAAUAAUUCAGUUCCACCGGCAAUGGAUGCCAAUCUGGGUUUAUCCAUUCCACUCAAUAUUUCUUCCACAAUUUAUCCCAAUGUUCCGGAUGAUGGCGGUAAUAAGGCUCAGGGAAGUUUUACAUUCUCUUUGACCAAUACAACAUCAGCUCCGAGUUACUAUGCAAAAUCCUCAACAAAUCUUAACAUCUCAUUCCCCAAUGAUUCAUACAAUACCUACAAUCCCUUCUCUUUCAACGAUCCCGUUGGGAUUAAGCAGGUCAAUGAUACCAGCACGAAUUUUUCGUUCUGUCUCACGAGUAGUUCAUCAAAAACAGCCCCCAUUUAUACAUCAACUUCCACUUAUAAUACCCUCAAUCCCUUCUCAAUUGAUGCCACGCUACAGACUUCCAAUUAUCGUCAGCAGAACUUUGAUAGUCAGAAAAACUACCAAUUCUAUCUGAAUCAGGGGCAAAAGCCACCAUGUCAAAAGGCCCAAAGUAAUAAUAAGCAUCAACAGAAGGAAGCCACAAGAUUGCAAAAUGUUCAGCAACAGCAAAAAUCGCCGGGAAAGAAGGCUCAAAAUCAACAAUCAAAAUAUCACAAUGUCAACUGGAUGACAAAUUCAGAUUACCAGGUUAAGAGCAAUGAUUUCCCAAUUCCACCACCGUUAGACUUUACGCAUACUCCCAAUCAUGCCUCUACGAACUUUUCCUAUCCACCACCGCCACCUCCGGCGCUGGGAAGUAUCGAUCUUAAGAGUAAAUCUGAUGUUUUCUUUGCACAUCCGCCAGAAGAAAAUUUCUCCUGGUCACCCAAUAAGUUGUCAAAUGUCUUGGAGCCUCCAACAUUGCAUAAUUUUAUGUCUCAGACAGCACUGCCCACGCUUCAUGGAGAUCUAGCUCUGAGCACUACAACGCCAUCUGCCGUGAUUCCCCAUGAAAUGCAAAAGGAUAAAAAUCCUCAGAUAGAUGGAUAUCAGGAUCAACAGCAGUCGGGAGGUAAUUUCCUGUCAGUGAGUCAACUUUUGGUGGAGCAGGGCAAAAAGGGGAAGAAGAGCAAGCAUAGUAAGAAUGCUGAGGAAAGUAAUAGAAAAUCUCUGAAGGACAAGAAGCAAUUUCAGUGUGUCAAUAAUCUGGGGAAUUUCUCUGAACAAACCUACACGGAUAAUUCCAAGGGGAAUCAACAGUAUUCCAAUAUUUAUUCAGCUGAAUCCCUAAUUGGGUACAAGAAGGAUAAAAGUUCGCAGCAAAACUACAAUCAAACUCCAUUGGAUCUUCCUCCAACGGGAAGUAAUUUAUUUCCAGGAAUUGAUCUGAAUAAUGACAUCAACUACAACAGCAAUAUCUUAUUCAAUCCACCCACAAGUACAACUUUUGCCCCACCAACGCAAAAUUGUAUGUCUGUAUUUUCUGAAAAUGACUUCUUUGAGUAUCCAGGAAAGGCACCAGCUGCAAAAGUCAGUAGUCAGCAGCAAAAUGUCUAUUACUUCAAUAAACCCCAAAAUGGCCUUCCACCAAUGGAUUAUACUGCCCACAAAGGGGACAUGAAAGCCACAAAUUCCUCUCCAAUGUUCCAGGGCAAUAAAUUUAACAAUGUCCAUGCAGGAGGACAACCUGGAAAAGUUAAGAAGGGAACAAAUGCCAAAAUACCAGAUUUCUAUCCACCUCCUCCACCGGCAAUUCAUCCAAACAUCAAUUAUGACUCUUCUGUGCCAUCAUCAAAUUACUUCUCUGUACCACUCGGAGUUAAUUCUCCACAUUUACCACCGGCUGAGGAUCCUUUCCAUCUCCAUCAUCUAAAUUACUCAAACACCCUGAAGAACUUAGCACCGACCAACUCAACUCUGUAUAUUCCUGAGGGUUCUAGCCAAAACACCAGCAAUUCCUUGACCAACUUCCACUUAAGCUCAAUUUGUCCGGAGAUCAAUGAUAAAGUGCGUCAGCAGAAUUGUGUAUCACAGUGAAGAUCUACAAUUUUUAAAAUUAAAAUGAUCUUUACCAAUUCAUUGAACAAAAAUUAAAAUUUUAAAAUAGAAAAAAGUAAAAAAAAAAACAGAGAUGGCAAAGCGUCCCAGCAUUGCGGAAUGCUGAAACUCACGAGAUAGAGCUCACCGUGAAUUAGUUUUUUUUGCACGAUCUUUGGUAUUACUGAUCUAAUAGAGAUCAAAUUGAUUCAUAUAUCACAAAAGCAUAUGAAAAUCAAAAAAUCGGUACUUAACCGACUCAUAUCCGAUAAAGACCGAUGCAGCCAGGUUCGAAAUUUCAAUACCUCUCCAAAGAAUCCAAAUUUAACCAAAUGGAGUGAAAAAUUACCCUUCCAAAGUGGUUGACCUUUGACCUUCAAUAAUUCAGAAUGGCGAAUUUUCCGGUCAUAGGUAUGUUUGGGCGAAAUGUUCGCCUGGACUAGCUCUAAAACAUAUCCGAAAAUCAUAGAAAAAGCUUGGGCCAAUUUUUUGCAAAAUUGGAAAAACCUCAUUUUUUACCUAUUUUUGGGGAAUAGGGAACGUAUGAAAGGGGAGGGGGAAAAAUAAAGUGGUUGGGUACGAGAUAAUGUCAUUUGAGGAGGGGUCUUCGAAGACCGGAAGUUGAUAUCUGUUACCGUUUGAAUUUUAUAUGGAUCAAAAAACUGAAAAAAGUGCGAAAAAGUUUUUUUUUGUAAAACAGAGCUAUUACCGUUACUUUCCCGAUACAUCACUGAUUAUGAGCGAUGCAGUCGGGUUCAGAAUUUCAAUACCUUUCCAAAAAAUCCAAAUUUAACCAAAUCGGUUGAAAAAUGGACCCUCCACAGUGGAUGACCUUUAACCUUCAAUAAUUCAAAAUGGAGAAUUUUCCGGUCAUAGAUAUGUUUGGGCGAAAUGUUCGCCUGGACUAGCUCUUAAACAUAUCCGAAAAUCAUAGAAAAAGUUUGGGCCAAUUUUGAGAAAAACCAAAAAACAUGGUUUUUGGAGGGGAUAGAGGGGGAGGUGGGGAGGGCAGAAAAAACGUCGAGAGAUUUUGUUUUUUAUUGGGGGUCAUCGAAGACUGGACGUCGAUAUCUCUUACCGUUUAAGCUCCAGAAUAGUGACAAGUUGAAAAAAAGACGAUUAUAUAACUGAUCUCUCUUUGAGUUCGAGCAGUAAAAACAGUUUAUUGAAAACUUUAAAUCGGUUUUGUAAGUGAAAUUCGUCAAAUUCAAAAUGCAAAAGGGGGAGGCAAAGCGUCCCAGGCUUUGCGAAGUGCUGAAACUCGUGAGAUGCUAUACCUCAAAAGUAUUUUCGCAUGAUUUACUGUUUGCCGGUUUUCACCCGAUUCAAACCGAUUCAUAAAUCACUCAAAAAAUCGCCCAAAAUGGUUUUAAAAAUAAUGAAAUUGAUUUUCGGAGAAAAAUUACUUAUUGGUUCAUAACUGGCUCAUUGCCGGUUCCCAACCGAUUUGAACCGAUUUAUAAAUCACUCAAAAUAUUUCCCAAAAUACACCACAAGGGUAAUUUAAUUGAAUUUCGUAUAAAGAAUUAGUUAUUGUUUGUGAACCGGUUCAUUACCAUUUUAAAAACCGAUCGAAACCUAUUCAGUUUUGUCAGAAAUUCCAAGACCUUUACAACGAGCACAAACAUCACCCUAUUCGGUUGAUAAAUACGCUCUCUAGAGCCUUUUUGACGUUUGACCUUGAAAAACCGUUACUAAGAAUAAUUCAAAGGUAUUUUCACACAUGGUCAAGUGAUCGCCUGGUUCGAGCAGUAUAACUGACUUAGAUGCUAUACCGCAAUAGCACUUUUGCAGCAAUUACCGUUUACCGAUUCACAACCGAUUUAAUAAUUACUAAAAAAAAAUCGCCCAAACUGGCUUAGGAGUAAAUAAAUUGAUUUACGGUUAAAAAAUUGUUCUUUAUUCAUAACCGACAAGAACCGGUUUAAUGUUAUCAGAAAUUACAAAACCUUUCCAAUGAGCCCCAAUAUGAUCCAAUUUGGUUGAGAACUACCGUUAUUGAGAAUGAUUCAACGGUAUAUUCUUAUAAUCCAAAAAUGAAAAAAAAAUCUCAUUACUCGUUAAUACUACUCGGAAUACAAAAUUUUUGUAUUCCGCGAAUACAAAAAUUUUAAAUUUUAUUGUACCACCAUUUUAACGUCCAAGCUUUACGGGAUACACGCUACAUUCCGUAGUGCAACUCACUAUAAAUUAUCUUACCGGAUUGUUUUUGGAACCAUACCACUUUCAACCGUUUUAAAGCGUUUUUUUUUUCUUUAAACCAUUUUAAAGAUAAUCAUCUCAAAAUUUAAAAAAAAUGUUAGUGAAGUGCAAUUUUUUAAUGUCUGACCUUUUAACUUGAUACAGUUUUUUAAGGACGAGAGGGUAAAAAAUUACGGUCAGAAAAAAACACUUUUUCUGACUUCUUUUAGAGCAAAACAUAACUUUAGAUAGCCGUAGGUAAACAAAAAAAUCGGGACACGGGUGUCUCUAUCGUUCUUAUAGGGUUAAUCCAAACUGGUUGUGAUUUUUUUUAAAUAUUCAAACAUUUGACUUUAAAACCGUUUGAGAGAAUGAAUUGAGAGAAUUGAGAGCGUUGGCAGUUACGGAUGAAAAGUUCGCCUAGAUCAUUUUUCUAUCAUAUCUGAAAAUAAAAGAAAUCAUUGGAUCCGUUUUCUGGCCCUUCUGAGUGUUUUGAAUUUUUCCUACGAAAAUUCGACUUUGAAAAGUUUUUUGAUCGUGUGCCUAUAUGGACGAAAUAUUAAUCUAGACUACCUUCCAAACGUAUUCUAAAAUAAAAGAAAUCGUUGGAACUGUUUUCGAAAUCACCUAAAGACCGGAAGUUGAUAUCUUUUACCGUUUAAGCUCUAGGUCAAUGACAAGUUAAAAAGAAACGGUAGUUCUGUUCUAGUUUAAAUUCGAGCAGUGAAUCUCUAAAAUAGUCCAGAAAUGUUAUUUUUACACGAUUCUAAAAAUAUUAAUUGUGUUUUCCAAAUAAAAAGUGCAAAGUAUUCUUUUUCAUAUUAAACACUUUAUAUUGUAGUCUCUUUUUAUUGUGAAAUAAGAUUUCAAGAAAAUAAUUUUUGAGACCUCUGUACCAAAACUCUUUCCUGAAGAAGGCAACAACAACAAAAAUUAUACUACCAUUGUAAAUAUUAAUUCCUUAAUCCUAAAUACCCAACGUAAAGUCUUUUAUUAGGUGAAAUAAAAGUAAUUUUUAUUUAAUAUGACAAAAAAA